CCAACGUAUUCACUUUCUUUCACAGCAAAAAAAAAAAAAAAAGUCUCUAUCUCUUUAUUCUUAACGUUUUAGCAAACAAAUGGGUCGGAGAAAGAUCAAGAUGGAGAUGGUUCAAGACAUGAACACAAGACAGGUUACCUUUUCAAAACGGAGGACAGGUUUGUUCAAGAAGGCUAGCGAGCUAGCCACGCUCUGCAACGCUGAGUUGGGUAUUGUUGUCUUUUCACCGGGGGGCAAGCCUUUCUCUUACGGGAAACCGGAUCUUGAUUCCGUUGCAGAUCGAUUCUUGAAGGAAUAUGAUGAUAAUGAUGAUUCAGAUAGUGGCGAUGAAGAAGGAAGAGGUCGUACUAGACCUAAACUGAAGAGGAUGAGUGAACGUCUUGAUACGCUCAACCAAGAGAUUGAAGCUGAGAAGAAACGAGGCGAAAAGGCUCAAGAGAAGCUCGAGUCUGCUGGGGAUGGGAGAUUCAAGAAGUCCAUCGAGGCGCUUACUCUCGAGGAACUCAAUGAAUACAAAGACAAGCUCGAGACAGUCCAUGAUAGGGUCCAAGGUGAAGCCAGUCGCAUUCAGGCUUCGUCUGAUCUCGUACUUCUCUCCAACGAUAAGAAGAGCGGACUUGUUUAA